GACCUGACCGAGUGGAAGAGCUACGUGUUUUUUUCUCCGAUUUGAAAGCAGCUGGCGCCAAGCUCACAAUCAUAACCAAGGGCAAUGUGGGUGCCUGCCGCUUUUUACUCCAAGAAGAGGGUCUACUGGGAUUUUUCGAGAAGGUCUUUGGCAUGUUGGGCCAGUUCUAUGGUGAGUCUGAGUUCGAUCAAGAGAACAAGCAGCCAUCCGAGUUGGAAGGUACUCCAGACUGUCAACUUCCAGACAUGAAGGUAAAUCUGAUUCAAGCACUGAUGUCUCAGGCAGGUCUGAGCACGAACGAGGCUGCUUUGGUGGAGGAUGACGCAGCAGAGAUAGCUUCUGUCAAAGGUGUUUGUCGCAGUGUCUUUGUGUCAGAGCGGAAGGGCAUGACUGCAGGAGAAAUGCAGGAGUUGAGAUCCAUGGUAGGAGUCCAAAAAGAAGCAGCCCAAGCCAAGAGCACAGCAGCUCCCAAGCAAAUGCCCUCCGCUGUUGCAACUGCACCGGCUGAGCCAAAAGUUGCGAAAGAGGCGUCUUCAUCGGUGAAGCAUGUGUAUUUUGAUUUCGACCAGACGAUUUCCAGAGUGCACGUCUUCAAGCAACUGGCUGGAUGGGAGCCUGGUGUUGCAGGACAACAUUCUUUGUCGGAACGGGGACAGAUUCAUCGGUUGAAGCUUCUGAAUGAUUCAACUCAGUAUCAGUACCAGCCCAAUGGCCAUGUGGUGCCUUGUCCAGCUGGUGUGAAGGGGGCUGCAUCGUGGACAGCUGGUGCUUUGGGAGGACCUGACCGAGUGGAAGAGCUACGUGUUUUUUUCUCCGAUUUGAAAGCAGCUGGCGCCAAGCUCACAAUCAUAACCAAGGGCAAUGUGGGUGCCUGCCGCUUUUUACUCCAAGAAGAGGGUCUACUGGGAUUUUUCGAGAAGGUCUUUGGCAUGUUGGGCCAGUUCUAUGGUGAGUCUGAGUUCGAUCAAGAGAACAAGCAGCCAUCCGAGUUGGAAGGUACUCCAGACUGUCAACUUCCAGACAUGAAGGUAAAUCUGAUUCAAGCACUGAUGUCUCAGGCAGGUCUGAGCACGAACGAGGCUGCUUUGGUGGAGGAUGACGCAGCAGAGAUAGCUUCUGUCAAAGGUGUUUGUCGCAGUGUCUUUGUGUCAGAGCGGAAGGGCAUGACUGCAGGAGAAAUGCAGGAGUUGCGAUCCAUGGUAGGAGUCCAAAAAGAAGCAGCCCAAGCCAAGAGCACAGCAGCUCCCAAGCAAAUGCCCUCUGCUGUUGCAACUGCACCGGCUGAGCCAAAAGGAUCGGCCACCAGAGCACAAAAAGACCCAGCUACAUCCCAUGAACAAGCAGAAGCCAGCGAUACUUUACAAGCGAGGCUCACGCAAGUACUGGCAUCUGAAGCUGCAACACAAACAAAGCUACAAGAAGCGCAAGCAUUUGAGGCUACUCUGACAACAGAACUUGAGGAGUCCAAAGCAGCAGUGGCCAUAGCUUCAGCACAGGCUGCGGGAAAGGAAGCUCUGCAAAAAGAGCUGGAGACCGCCAAAUCAGCUGCAAAUUCCUUGGAGGCGUCAAAGACAGCCCUGGAGAAAGCCUUGGAAGAACAGAAGAACACAUCAGCAUCGCUUGAAGACCAACUUUAUCAACAAAGGCAAUUGUUAGAUGAACAAGCAGAAGCCAGCGAUACUUUACAAGCGAGGCUCACGCAAGUACUGGCAUCUGAAGCUGCAACACAAACAAAGCUACAAGAAGCGCAAGCAUUUGAGGCUACUCUGACAACAGAACUUGAGGAGUCCAAAGCAGCAGUGGCCAUAGCUUCAGCACAGGCUGCGGGAAAGGAAGCUCUGCAAAAAGAGCUGGAGACCGCCAAAUCAGCUGCAAAUUCCUUGGAGGCGUCAAAGACAGCCCUGGAGAAAGCCUUGGAAGAACAGAAGAACACAUCAGCAUCGCUUGAAGACCAACUUUAUCAACAAAGGCAAUUGUUAGAUGAACAAGCAGAAGCCAGCGAUACUUUACAAGCGAGGCUCACGCAAGUACUGGCAUCUGAAGCUGCAACACAAACAAAGCUACAAGAAGCGCAAGCAUUUGAGGCUACUCUGACAACAGAACUUGAGGAGUCCAAAGCAGCAGUGGCCAUAGCUUCAGCACAGGCUGCGGGAAAGGAAGUUCUGCAAAAAGAGCUGGAGACCGCCAAAUCAGCUGCAAAUUCCUUGGAGGCGUCAAAGACAGCCCUGGAGAAAGCCUUGGAAGAACAGAAGAACACAUCAGCAUCGCUUGAAGACCAACUUUAUCAACAAAGGCAAUUGUUAGAUGAACAAACAGAAGCCAGCGAUACUUUACAAGCGAGACUCACGCAAGUACUGGCAUCUGAAGCUGCAACACAAACAAAGCUACAAGAAGCGCAAACUCUGGAAGAUGCGUUGACUCAACGGCUGAGCAACUCUCAAGCGGCUGAAGCUGUAUUUGAAGAGCUGAAUGGUGAUAUGAUCAGCAAGCUUCACAUGGCUGACCAGCGGAUGGUAGCUUUGGCAGAGGAGCUUACAACAUCAAAGGAGACUUUGCGUUCCUACAAGGACUUCAAGAUGGCCAUGGAGGCUGGACUUGUGGACUUCAAGGAGCGCAUGCACCGCAUCAUUGAGGUGGGCCAAGCAGGACACGCCACCGAGUUUGCUCCAGGCCACCAGGAUACGAAUCAGUGGCAAGAGGUGAAGCAAGCCCUUGCUACAUUCGAGCAGCGGUUGUCCAAUAAGGAUGUCAAUGUGAAAGAUGAGUCGAAGGAGAGCGCCAGCUUGGCCAAGCGUGUUCCUGGAGAUGCGAUGCUUUGGGGUGCAGAAUCUGAAUCCUUAGCCCAAAAGUGUCGUCAACUUGCCUGCAGUCAGCGAAAUGAACGCGCACGAGGUUCUCCUUCAUCACCCUCCUCUCCUGGACGUUUCAGAAUUGUGACAGGACCUGGCAGGGGUGGCAGGAUUGCCUCCGGCUUUGCUCGCAAAGUGAAGCGAGGCAGAAGACCAUCACGUGACGAGGACAACCAGAACAUUGAAGCAACGGAGGCAAGGCCACCUCAGGUGGAUGUUGUGAAGAGAGCCCGUCAAAUGGCCAAAAAACUUGCCCUGAACUUGGAAGCGAAGUGCUUGGAAGAAGCAAGAACAGGGAAGAGGGCGGCAGAAUGGUCAUCCGGAGACAUCCAUGGUCUUGGUCGUGAAGCAGGUGAAGCUUUGCUCUCGGAAGUUGCCCAUGAAGUGCAGAAAAUGGAAUUUGCUGAAGUGGAAUGGUGGCGAGGACCUGUCAUUGGAUGGACACCUGAAGCGGGCGCCACCUCGCUUGAUCCCGACGAAACAAGGCCUAUACCCUGGAAGCAGUUUGGUUCGUGGGGACUUGCGUUGAAACUGCGUGUUUCUUGGGAAGCAUCGAAACGGCCUCCACGAGAGCCAAAAGGACUGCAGACCCAUCUGCAAACUCCGAGAUCUCCGAGUCAAACUCGACAAAGUGACAGCGACAGAUUCGACAGUGAACGGUCAGAUUUUUCGGUGUCUCCCAGGCCCAUCAGAUCCGUCAGCCACAGCCGCCCAAGCGCUUGCAUCAUAUGCCAUGACAAUAGCAAUCGACAAGCCAAACUACUGCCGUGUGGCCACUGCUUUUGUCGCCACUGUGCGAGGCGGUCGCGUGGACGUCCAUGUGUUCAAUGCGGGACCAUUUGCGCAGAUGUUUCAAACAUGGCCGAUAUGGAAUGUCCAGAUCGUUCCAAGAGUGACAAUGAAGUACUUGAUGGAAUCGAAUGGGAAACCUACGGGGAUUCUGCGCCGCCAUCGCAUGCUUGGGGCAUGGGCGGCAAGUACUCACUGCGGCCAUUUGCCCAGCGAGCUCCACGCUCACAAUCUGCACGUGCUCAACGUGGCAUUUGGCAAAACAAGCAAAGCUAAGUGAAGGAACAAAAAGAAUAAGUGAAGCUAAGUGAAGCUAAGGGAAGCCCAGAACCACCUGCACAGCUUUGAACGGCUCUCGCGUGGCCGCGCUCCAGCGAUGAGCUCUUCCCAUGACAGGCGAAGUUGAAGGUACAACAUUGUACAACUUCAUGGCCCGGAUGUGAAAUCGUGGCGGUGCAACGAGAAUUGCUCGACGACCUCUCAGGGUUUGUCAAAGACAAGCCAGCCAUGUUGCAGUUGCGUUCAAAAGCGAGGUGAUUUUUUGUUGGUUUUCAUGGGUUUUCCUUGUGCCACAAAAUCAAGCAGCAUGUGGAGAGGCUCUCAGUCCACAGGGUGUUUACGUUGCAGAUUAGAAAUGCUUACUUUGGGCGUCUUUUGUUUCGGGCCUGUCAGAUAUACCUUUCGGCCAGCUCACCUGCAAUAUAGCCGUCUCAGCCAAGUCGAUCACAUUGGCAAUCCAUUUUACAGCGUGCAACCACAAGUCCA